GCGGAGAGAAUAUAAUCACGUGACACUUUCCGAAAAUGAAGCUGUUUGCCUGUAUCUGUGUUGUAUUUCUUUUACAAUCCAUUCUAUCAUGUGGACAGGGGCUGAAUUGCGACAGUUUACCUAUGCCAAAGUCUUACGUUGUGUAUUUUCUUCAAAAUGGUGAGAAAAUCAACAUUGAUGGAAAACUCGACGAUAAUGCUUGGCAAGAAGUGUCCCGAUCCCAUCGCUUUAUUGACAUUCAAGGAGAAGCCCUUCCAAAGCCCAGAUUUGAUACCUGGGUUAAGAUGAGAUGGGACUCCAAGUAUCUUUAUAUCGGAGCGUACCUGCAAGAGACUGAUGUCUUUGCUAACCAAACAAAGCAUGACUCUGUAGUGUUCAAAGACAAUGAUUUUGAGGUAUUUACUGAUCCUGAUGGAAGCACACACUGGUACAAGGAGUUUGAAAUCAAUGCAGUAAACACGACAUGGGACCUCAUGUUAAAUAAACCUUAUCUCAAUGGUGGUUUUGCAAACAGCAGCUUUGAAAUGAGUGGCCUUCAGAGUGCCAUCUAUGUUAACGGACCUAUAAAUGAUCCUCUACAUAAAGAUAAAUACUGGACCGUGGAACUUGCACUGCCCUUGCAGAGUCUAGUAACAAAUGAUAGUGUAGCAAGGGCUCCCCCAAAACAUGGAGACCAAUGGAGAAUAAAUUUUAGCAGAGUGGAAUGGCAUGUUAGAAAUGUAGAUGGACAUUAUGAAAAGGUACCUGGGCUACCAGAAGACAACUGGGUCUGGUCCCCUCAGUAUGCCAUCAACAUGCAUCUUCCUGAAAGAUGGGGCAUGAUUCAGUUCAGUGCUGAUGCAGUCAACCAAACCAAGUUUAAGAGAGAUCCUAACUGGCCUGUCUACACCAGCCUAGUAGCAGUCUACAAUGCUGAAAAGGAGUUCUUUUCUGUGGAAGGCUACUUCACAGAGGACAUUAAUGGUCUGAAUUUACCAGACUACGUCAGGAGUGGGAUAUGUGCUCAGCCUCCUAACAUCACUGUUAUACAGAACUAUAGAUUCACUGCUACGGUCCAGCCACUGACCAAGGGUCUUAAGACUGGACAUGUACAGGAUGACCGUCUCAUAUGGUUCACAUCAUGAUGCAUAUUUAUCAGGAAGUCUUUUCUGUAGAAGGCUACUUCACAGAGGACAUUAAUGGUCUGAAUAUACCAGACUACGUCAGGAUUGGGAUAUGUCCUCAGCCUCCUAACAUCACUGUUAUACAGAACUACAGAUUCACUGCUACGGUCCAGCCACUGACCAAGGGUCUUAAGACUGGACAUGUACAGGAUGACCGCCUCAUACGGUUCAUAGGCAGUCAUCUGCUCAAUAUAAACCGCAAUGUACUUUUUUAUAUCAUUAAAAAAAAACCUGAAAGCCUAGUUCAAAUUUGAUAUGGUAAAAUACCUUUAAAAUAAAGACAGGAUACAACUUCAGCAUUUUGCACGUCAUAUACCGGUACAUAUAUUUGUAAUGUAUUACACAAAAACAUAGAUACCUGGGGUAAGUUGCUUGAGGGGUUUUGUUGUGCACAGUUGUUGUGCCAUAUAUUUAUGCAUAAAAUGGACUUAAUUUUCUUCCCAUAGCACCUUUUUUUGUCAUUAAAAAAAGAAAAAUUGAGAUAUUUUACUGCAUCAUAUAUGUGAACAAGGCUAACAACUUGUUGUAGGUUUCGGUAAUGGAAUUACAUUUGAAGAGAAGCGAUAGAUGCAAUAGAUGGGUCUUUUUUACCAUCAAAAGUAACGUAAGCUUGCUGAAAAUCACAUUGACUGAAAUUUGCAGCUCAUGCAUGUUUUAGACUGUAUAUUAUGGGCAUGAUGGAAUAGUUCAUUUGAUACUUCUUGCUCUUUACCCGGAAAUAUAAUUUUCUACCAACUUGUAAUAGCAAAUAUCAUUUAUAUUAGUUUAAACAGUCAGUGCUAAGGUUUGUUUGAUUAUGUGAGAAUUUUUUUACCAAAACUCAAGAUUACCUUUUUAUAACACUGGAUGAAUUGAGUGUUUUGAAAUAGCUGUACUGAAUAAGAACACAAUGAAUUGUGAGAUACAGAUGUACAUGUAUAUAACUUUCAAGUUUAUGUGCGAUGAAGUUCUAGUGGGGGUUUGUAGGAAAUGAUGUUCAUACCCUAAAACCUGAUUAUCUCAUAUUUCAGAUCAUAACAAACUUUCAAAGGACAGUAGUUUUCAUUAAUUUUGAAAAAUUUAAAUCUUGAAGAGAUCAAAAGAAAAACAAUAUCUGAUAUGAACGCUGAAGUUAUACUUUGAAUGACAUUUUCGCUUAACUUUGUACAGUCCCAGUUUUGCCUCACUAUAAUCCAGAGGGAGCAUAUAUGUAAUCUAUGCAUUUCGCUCUAUUAUGUGUUUAAACAAUGUACUAUUCAAGACCAAGUAUGAAACAUAACAUUUCAGUGCCAUUUUGUGUGUUUCUUUGUAGAUAUUUGUUAUUUGUUCUGAAUAGAAACUUUGGGGAGAAUUAAUAAUUUCAAAAUGAAUUGUUGGCAUAGUUAUCAAAUAAUUUAACAUUAGCACAUGAUGCAAAAAACAGAAAGAGGCACAAUAUCUUGGUUAUUUAGGACACCAGUCAUAGUAGAAUUGUGAGAUGAAAAUGUCAGCCAAUAAAUAGCAAUUAGUAUUACUUCUUUUCAGGAAUUGUCUAAUUACAUACUUUUUAGUCCGAUACAAAUAUUGGUUGACAUUAGACAUUGUGCAACCAAUUGGAAUGGAAUACUUCUUUGUCUGUAGUUAAGUGUUUAUCUAUGAAGCUUCAUUAGACUUUUUUUUAAAGUUUCUUACAAUGGAUGUAUUGAUAUUGAAAUUUCUUAAGAUUUAUACUGCAGUUUUCCUUUAAAUUUCUACCUUGAACUUAAGUUUGUGAUCAUGUACUACAUGUAAAAUAAGUCUUCCUGCAGUGUAAAAUGAUUGUUUAUAUAUAUGAUGAAAUAUACAGAAGUACACUGAUUAAACUAUUUGAAGAAUUAUUAUUUCAAAUUAA